GGUCAGGGCCACUCACCCCAUCCCUGCAGCCUGUGGCAUUUAUUACUUUGAAGUGAAGAUCGUCAGUAAAGGUAGAGAUGGGUACAUGGGAAUAGGACUUUCUGCUCAAGGAGUCAACAUGAACAGGCUUCCUGGAUGGGAUAAACAUUCUUAUGGGUACCAUGGUGACGAUGGGCACUCCUUCUGUUCCUCGGGGACAGGGCAGCCCUAUGGCCCCACAUUCACCACUGGAGAUGUGAUUGGCUGCUGUGUCAACCUUAUCAACAACACCUGCUUCUACACGAAAAAUGGCCACAGUUUAGGUAUAGCCUUUACAGACCUCCCUUCAAACCUCUACCCUACAGUGGGUCUCCAGACUCCAGGAGAGAUUGUGGAUGCCAACUUUGGGCAGCAGCCCUUUGUGUUUGACAUCGAGGACUACAUGAGGGAGUGGAGGGCGAAGAUCCAGAGCACCAUUAAGCGGUUUCCCAUAGGAGACAGGCUGGGAGAGUGGCAAGCCAUGCUGCAGAAUAUGGUUUCAUCAUAUUUGGUUCACCAUGGGUACUGUUCAACAGCAACUGCCUUUGCCAGAGUCACAGACACCACAAUCCAGGAAGAACAGACCUCAAUAAAGAAUAGACAAAGAAUACAGAAGCUAGUAUUAGCAGGCAGAGUGGGAGAGGCUAUAGAAGCCACCCAGCAGCUCUAUCCUGGCCUCCUAGAACAUAACCCCAACCUGCUCUUCAUGUUAAAGUGCCGGCAGUUUGUGGAGAUGGUGAAUGGCACGGACAGUGAAGUGCGGUGUUUCAGUGCCCGCAGCCCCAGAUCCCAGGACAGCUACCCCGGCUCCCCCAGCUUAAGUCCUAGACAUGGAUCAAGCAACUCACACGUUCACAGUACUGGAGCAGAUAGUCCAACCUGUAGCAAUGGAGUCAUGUCCACAAAAAGCAAACAGAGUCAUAGUAAAUACCCAACACUGAGUUCAUCAUCUUCAUCUUCCUCCUCCUCUUCCCCUUCAUCUGUGAACUACUCUGAGUCCAAUUCUACAGAUUCUACCAAAUCUCAGCAGCACAGUAGUACGAGUAAUCAAGAAACCAGUGACAGUGAGAUGGAAAUGGAGGCUGAGCACUACCCCAACGGAGUCCUGGAAAAUUCAUCUACCAGGAUAAUGAACGGCACCUACAAACACGAAGAGAUCCUGCAGACAGAUGAGUCCAGCAUGGAAGACAGCUGCCCCCAGAGGCAGCUCUGUGGAGGGAACCACGCUGCCACAGAGAGAAUGAUCCAGUUUGGGCGGGAGCUGCAGAUCCUGAGCGAGCAGCUUUGCAGAGAGUAUGGGAAGAACACCAUGCACAAAAAGAUGCUUCAGGACGCCUUUAGCUUGUUAGCUUACUCAGACCCUUGGAACUGCCCCGUCGGCCAACAGCUGGACCCGAUCCAGAGGGAACCUGUGUGUGCUGCUCUCAAUAGUGCUAUUUUGGAAUCUCAGAACCUGCCAAAGCAGCCCCCGCUGAUGCUCGCCCUGGGCCAGGCCUCGGAGUGUUUGCGGCUCAUGGCUCGCGUGGGCCUGGGCUCCUGCUCCUUUGCCAGAGUAGACGAUUAUUUGCACUGACACCCGAGCGGGACGGAGCUGCCGUCGUGGAGUGCUGCCCUUCACCCUCUGUUGCUGCCACUCUGCACCACCACCUCGUUGGAUAGCCUGACCUCCCUGCCACCGACACCCCUCUAGCACGCACACACUGCCUGUGCAAGGAUUGAGUGAGUCCCUCACUGUGUGGCCAUUCCUGACCCCGGGAAGACCGGCAGCUCUGCCCCGUCUCCCCGCCACUGCUGCGGCUCCAGCGGCACUCGGUAUUUCGCUGGUUAUUCUAAUGUAGCGCCUUCUGAUGUAGGGAUUUUUCUCUUUUGUUUUGAUUUGAGUUGUUUCUCAUGGUUCCACCAAUAUUUUAUCUGGAGAGUUUUGCUGAGCUGGUUUAUGCUGAUUUACUGAGGAAGCUCAUCAAGUUGGUGACAGCUUGUUCUUUUCUUCCCUUCUCCCUCCAUCGUGCACAUACAGCAUCAUCCGUGCUAGUAAUCCGAACUCUUCUCACAGUGGCAGUUCAGAGGGAUUUUUUUUUUUAAUUUUAUUUGAAUCAUGUUUAUUAAACCCAAGGCUCUC